AUGGUGAUCAUCGGUGGCGCACCAGCCAUAUACAAGUCCAAGUAUCAACGCAAGGUGGCUCUAAGCUCUGCUGAGGCAGAUUACAUGGCUUUAAGCCUGUGUACACAGGAAGUGUUGUGGGUUGGUGCGUUGCUCAAGGAUAUAGGUCACGAGCAAGUGGGAGCAUCGUGGGUCUGGGAAGACAAUCAAGGAGCAAUUGGGCUUUCCAGCAAUGCCGGCUACAAAGCCAGAACCAAGCUUGUUGACAUUCGUCACCACUUCAUCCGGGAGAAUGUGGCCCACGACAUCAUCGUGGUCAAGUACAUCUCCACCAUGGACCAGUCGGUCGACAUGCUGACGAAGGCUAUGGGGACCACGCGACUGAAAAAAUUGCUACAAGCAAGCAGCAUUGGACCCAAAGGGAUUUAG